CACCUUCCACCCGGCCUAAUCCCCGCCCCCUGUGCUCCAUAACAACAUCCGGGUCUCUAGGUGGGAAGGAGCAGAGAGGAGACAUCAGGAUCCCAAACUGAGGAACCAGAGUGUUUAUUAUAUGUUACACGUUCUGUAUUCUCACUGAUCAUUGAAGAUGGACACGGAGAAGAUUCAGAAGAUGGAGAGGAUAAUAAAUCUCUCCCUGGAGAUCAUCUACCUGCUGACUGGGGAGGAAUACACAGUAGUAAGGAAGACAUCUGGCGAGUAUGAGACAACCAGCAGUCGCCCCCUUGUGUCAGGAGUACUAAGCAGGACCCAGAGCUCCAUCCCGGUGCCUCCAUUUUACUCACUGAUACAUGAGAGAGGCAAUGACCAGGAGAUCCUGGAACUCACCAACAAGAUCAUUCAGCUGCUGACUGGAGAGGAGGGGGAGUAUAUAGAGGAACACAGGGAUUUGUACAAGGACGUGAUGAUGGAGAAUCACCGGCCCCUCACAUCACUGGAUGGGCCCAGUAACAGAGAUACCCCAGAGAGAUGUCCCCGUCCUCUGUAUUCCCAGGAUUGUACAGAGGAGAAUCACAGGAUCCCACAGGAGGUUGAGAGCGAAGAUCUGAUGGAUAUUAAGGUAGAAGAUACAGAGGGAGAAGAAGAGACGUAUGUGACUGAUAUGAAGGCAGAAGAUAUAGAGGGAGAAGAAGAGACGAAUGUGACUGAUAUAAAGGCAGAAGAUAUAGAGGGAGAAGAAGAGACGUAUGUGACUGAUAUGAAGGCAGAAGAUAUAGAGGGAGAAGAAGAGACGAAUGUGACUGAUAUGAAGGCAGAAGAUAUAGAGGGAGAAGAAGAGACAUAUGUGACUGAUAUAAAGGCAGAAGAUAUAGAGGGAGAAGAAGAGACUAAUGUGACUGAUAUAAAGGCAGAAGAUAUAGAGGGAGAAGAAGAGACUAAUGUGACUGAUAUAAUGGCAGAAGAUAUAGAGGGAGAAGAAGAGACGUAUGUGACUGAUAUGAAGGUAGAAUAUAUAGAGGGAGAAGAAGAGACGUAUGUGACUGAUAUGAAGGCAGAAGAUAUAGAGGGAGAAGAAGAGACGUAUGUGACUGAUAUAAAGAAAGAAGAUAUAGAGGGAGAAGAAGAGACGUAUGUGACUGAUAUAAAGGCAGAAGAUAUAGAGGGAGAAGAAGAGACGUAUGUGACUGAUAUAAAGAAAGAAGAUAUAGAGGGUGAAGAAGAAACGUAUGUGAGGGGUGAUCAGCAGUGUAAGAAGGAGACAACCCCUACAGAUACCAGCACAGCAGAUGGAUGUAGCAGCCGGAAUGUCUCAGAGGAUCCUCUGAUUAUAUUUCCAGAUGGUGAAAUAGAAGAAGAGAAUGACACCCAAGAUUCUACGGAAGAAAUCCCUCUUACCCCAGUUACACAUCCGGAACAUCACCGUGCAGAUAUAUCAUCUGGUUCCUCUGAUCCUGGGGAAUGUUCUCCUGAUAUCUCUGAUGCAUCUGUUACAGCUCUGACAGUAGAUACAGUGUGUCCCUCUAAUAUAGAUGCUGAAUGUUCAACACAGAGCACAGAGCCUGUUACCCAUCAGCCAGGGAAUAGGCCACUUCAAUGUUCUCAGUUUGGGGAAUGCUUAAGAUAUGAAUCAUUUUUAUGUAUACAUCAGAGAUAUCACAAAGUUAAGAGGCUGUUUCCAUGUUCUGAGUGUGGAAAAAGUUAUACAGAGAAAUCAAAUCUUGUUAGACACCAGAGAAGUCACACAGAGAGACCAUUUCCAUGUUCUAAGUGUGGGAAAUGUUUUAGCGAUAAAUCAGUUCUUGUUAAACACCAGAGAUGUCACAGAGAGAGACAAUUUCCAUGUUCUGAGUGUGGGAAAUGUUUUAGAGAUAAAUCAGUUCUUGCUAGACAUCAGAGAAGUCACACAGGUGAGAGACCAUUUCCAUGUUCUGAGUGUGGGAAAUGUUUUACAAGGCUAUCAAGUCUUUUUACACAUCAGAGAAGUCACACAGGUGAGAACCCAUUUCCAUGCUCUGAGUGUGGGAAAGGUUUUGGACAGAAAUCACAUCUUGUUAGACAUCAGAGAAGUCACACAGGUGAGAGGCCAUUUCCAUGUUCUGAGUGUGGGAAAUGUUUUGGACAGAAAUCACUUCUUGUUACACAUCAGAGAAGUCACACAGGUGAGAGGCCAUUUCCAUGUCCUGAGUGUGGGAAAUGUUUUGCACUUAAAUCAUAUCUUGUUAGACAUCAGAUAAGUCACACAGGUGAGAAGCCAUUUCCAUGUUCUGAGUGUGGGAAAUGUUUUGGACAGAAAUCACUUCUUGUUACACAUCAGAGAAGUCACACAGGUGAGAGGCCAUUUCCAUGUCCUGAGUGUGGGAAAUGUUUUGCACUUAAAUCAUAUCUUGUUAGACAUCAGAUAAGUCACACAGGUGAGAAGCCAUUUCCAUGUUCUGAGUGUGGGAAAUGUUUUGGACAGAAAUCAUGUCUUGUUAUACAUCAGAGAAGUCACACAGGUGAGAAGCCAUUUCCAUGUCCUGAGUGUGGGAAAUGUUUUACACAGAAAUCAUCUCUUGUUACACAUCAGAGAAGUCACACAGGUGAGAAGCCAUUUCCAUGUCCUGAGUAAGUGGAAUUACUCAGGAGGUACUUUGUGUGUUUGCAAGUGAGAAUAUUUUAUUAAAAAAUUAAACAGCAUUGUGUGGCUCAUUCAGGUGCAGUUUUUGCUGUUGCUAUCUUGCCGUAUGCAAUUGCAAGUAUAAGCUAAUAUGGGCAGAUGCUAACUAAGCAUAGGGGCGCCCAGUGCUGUUGCAUUAUUUCCGUCCAGCAGCGUAUAAUUGCUGAUACAUCGGUACCAUCAUUGCAAAUUAGGCCAUGUUGGAGAGUCUUGAGUGCCUCUGAAGAUGCACAGGCUGAGCUGCUCUCCCAGGAUGCUGAGGGCUCUCCAGUAGAAAAUCAAAACAGGUUACUGUCCGUAGAAGAGGUUGGGAAGUUUGGGGGCACACUUUGUAUAAUAUGUAUAGAAAAUGUUAAACUAUAACUUAUUCAGACCUGGGUAAAAUAUAUAAAAAACUUUACUCACAAUGCAACAACAAAAAUAAAUAUUUUAUGAAAAAAUAUUGUUUGCUGAGGGGUACGUCAC